AUGUCUCAGGAUUUUCCCAUUGAAAUCCAAUCCUCCCCAGAAAGUUCGCAUGCUAAAACAUCCUUUGUGGUUGUAGAGUCCGAGGAGGAAGAUAUCCUUCAAGAAUGGCAUGAAAAUAUCACUAGGAAAAGAAAAUAUGAGCUAAUUGACAUGGAAGAUGACAGGAAAGUUUUUAAUAACCAAAAUUCCUUCGUUUCGGAAUCUUCAUGUUUCAAGUCUGGCUUGCAAUCAGACAUCCCAAUUCUCGGGGAGACAACUACAGAAAGUACUUUGGGAAAGGAAGACUUUGACUAUGAAGAUCCUCCCAUAUAUGGGUUUGAACAGCGAGAGGAUGCUCCAGCUAGUCCUUCUCCUUCCUCUGAAUCCGUUAUAAAUUUAGCUAGCGAAGAUGAUGCCUCGGCUAGUAUCUCAUCUCUAACAGAGCACUGUCCUUUCUCGAUACAUGCCUUUGAAGAGGUUUUGGGGCAUGAGAAAUGGCCCUACGGUGACCAGAAAGCUGCUGCUACGAAACGCGAUGAUGGUAUCACGUUCGCUCCUGUCAGCAAUUUUCGUGUCUUUGAAAAAGAAAAUAUGAAUGAUACUACAAAAUGGAUGAACGAAAAAGGAAAGGAAAACUUAGGAUGCGUUUCGCCAGUUGUCAAUGACAUGCCGCUAGACAAAGGACCAUGUCAAUAUGGAACGCUUCUUCAAGACCAAGACCAGUUUGAUAAACAUAAAGAACCGGAUGGAGAAAAAUACAAAGACAUUUCUAUACAGGAACUGUGUCGAAUGGUUGAGAGUUAUGGAUUUAAACCAUCCAAGAGCAAGCGAGCGCUAAUCACUACUUUGAAAGCCUGUGAAGCGGCUUGCGAGAAGCUUAAAGAGCAAGGAUCAUUUAAGAAUGUAUCCAAUCAAGUAGCGGCUUCCUUUUUCCCUUCCUCUCCUUCCAGUUAUGAUGAUAUUGUUGCUAAAUCUCAUCGUGCAAUUUCUAAGGCAGUUCGUGAUUCUAAAGACAAAGCGAUUUGGCUAAAGAUUUUGCACUAUGAGCCAAUAUCAUUGGAAGAAUUUUCUUUGUGGCUUCGUAAUUCUGGUUUGAACUUGUCUUCGGCCAUCAUCCUUUCAUGGUGCGAUACAUAUGGCGUUCUUGUGCAAGGAAGUUGGCAUUCAAAUUCCUCAUAA